UUGGGCCGCGCCCGAUGUGUUGGAAAAAUGGGACGCGUGACGGCCAUCGCUCGCUCGGUGAUGUCGGUCACGGGGGUGACGGCGCGGGGCGCGAAGCUGAACCGCAGCAAGAUCUGUCGCAAGGUGGCCUUUCCUCUGCUGGCCUCGGUGCUGUCGGGUGGAGUGGCCGCGGCCUUGAAAGGGCUGCAGACCUAUGUGGACGAUGACGACUGGAUUGAGGAAAACUUGUUCUUCGACAGCACAGCCUAUGGAAGUUUCGGCACCUGCAUGAGUUUCAUGAUGGUCUUCCGCACUGCGCAGUCCUACACCCGUUACUGGGACGGCAUUGAUAUGGUCUACGGCAUCAUGGGACAUUGGUUCAACGCGGCCAGCAACACUUUAGCCUUCACGCGCUGCUCCAAAGUCAAGGCCGAGGAGGUUGAGAACUUUCGCAGGCUGGUGGUGCGGCUCUUCAGCCUGUUGAACUGUUUGAUGCUACGGGAGUUGGAGGGACAAGAGGUGCAUGCCGAGAGCGGUCUGAAGUUCCCAGUGCUGGACCCACGUGGCAUCGAUCAGCAGACGCGAGCGCACUUGCUCAACAUGAAGUCCCACAGCCGGCCAGAACAGGUCUUCCAAGCCAUCAGCAAAGUGGUGGUGGAGGCGCAGCAAAACGGCAUCAUCGCCUCGCCUCCGCCCAUCGUGGGGCGCAUUCAUCAGGAGAUGGGUCUGGGGAUGACGAAGCUGCAGAACGCCAUGAAGUUGGCUUCAGUGGACUUUCCGGCGCCCUACAACUUGGCCAUCGUGGCCUUGCUGAGCGUCCACAUGUUGCUGACCCCCGUGGCCGUGAUCGCCUGGGCGAAGACAGUGGCCUUCAGCGGUUUUUUCAGUUUCGUCUUAGUCUUUUGCAUGUUCGGUUUGAUGCAGUUGGCCGCUGAACUGGACAAUCCCUUCCGCGACUCGGGCUUUGGCUUCGACAAGGACCUGGUCCAGCAAAAACUCAACAAAGCCUUGGUGACCAUUCUGCUUGAGGAGAGGAGACCCGUUGCCCACCUGAGCAGCAGCGCGGACUUGAUCGGCGCGACGGAUUUGGAAGUCAUCCAGGCGCGGAUGGAGCAGUCAGUCUAUGAGCGCAACAGCAUGACCAGUAUGAUCUCAGUGAUGCCCAACCAGGUCCCAGAGGAGAGUGAUGUACCGCACGACGUCAAAACAGCCUGGUGAGUUGCACGGACCAACAGGCGGCACAUGAUGAUGAAAAU